AUGCCGCCCUCCCAGAUCCAGAUCGCCACGUCCUCGCUCCAGCGGCUGCUGAAGGAAGAAGCCUCCUACUACAAGGAACAGGAGCAGCAGGAGGCUCGUAUCUACAAGUUGGAGAACGAGGCUAACGGCAGUGACGAGAAUCAUGACUAUACCUUGAGACAAGAGCGCAAAGCCCUCGAGGAAACCAAGGUAGUCAUCCCGACGCUGCGUGAUCGCAUCACAAACGCGAGAGAGAAGCUGGAGAACCUCCUGGAUACAGCUACCAACGAAGACGAACGGAAUGCAGCAGUGGAAGUGCUCAAGGCGGCGAAGGAAGCACAGAAAGACGAUCCCAUCGCGGGAGAACCGAGAACCAUGUCGUGA